AUGGCAUCCGAAACUGGCGUCGCCCCCGUUCAGCUUUCGCGCGAAGGGUCCUUCAAGUCGCGCGAAUCCUCGGCCAAGGACAGGCUGAAGGGGGACGCCGAGGCGCACGCAGUUCGCGAUGUUACUACUCACGAUGUUUUCGAUGAGGAGGACUCUGGUCUAGACCCGGUCUACCAGGCCAAGGCGCGCAUCUUGAACGACGCGUUCCAGGAGAUUGGCAUGGGCAGGUAUCAGUGGUUCCUGUUCAUCGUGGCUGGGUUCGGAUGGUUUGCAGACAACUUGUGGCCCAUUGUGUCCGGACUUAUCUUCACUCCGGUUGUCAAUGAGUUCCACUUCCAAGGUCCGUUUCUCAAGCUCGCCCAAAACAUUGGUCUUCUCGUCGGAGCGGCAUUCUGGGGCGUAGGCUGCGAUGUAUGGGGAAGAAAAUGGUGUUUCAACCUCACCCUUUUCAUCACCGGUGUCUUCGCAACCGCGGCUGGCGCAUCGCCGAACGACGUUGCACUAUGCUCCUUAUUCGCGUUGCUGAGCAUCGGCGUCGGCGGGAACCUCCCCGUCGACUCCGCUGUUUUCCUCGAGUUCAUUCCGGCUUCGCACCAAUGGCUCUUGACCGUACUCUCAAUCUGCCUGAUCGCCUGGCCGCUCAUUGCCAACUUCUCCUGCGCGUCCGCCGCAAACUGCCCGAAGUCGUCCAACAUGGGCUGGCGCUACUUCAUGUUCACCAUGGGCGGACUCAUGCUCCUCCUCUUCUGCCUCCGUUUCUUCGUCUUCCACCUCUACGAGAGUCCCAAGUACCUCAUGGGCCGCGGGCGCGACGCUGAAGCGGUUCAGAUCGUUCACAAGGUCGCGGCGUACAACGGCGUGCACUCGAGCCUGACCCUCGAGAUGCUGCAGGAGGCGAGAGAGGCGCUGAUGGACACAAGCGCGAGGGGCGCGGUUGCGCGGAAGUUGCGGGCGUUCAGCGGGGAGCACGUACGGUCACUCUUCGCGACCAAGAAGAUGGCGUACUCGACGACGCUGCUCAUCAUCUUGUGGGCGUUCAUCGGCCUCGCGUUCCCUCUAUACAAUGGAUUCGUGACGUUCUUCCUGCAAUCGCGCGGCGCCGACUUCGGUGACGGGUCCCUCAACAUCACCUACCGGAACCAAGUGAUCCUCAGCGUCAUCGGUGUCCCAGGCGCCCUCCUCGCAGGCUACAUGGUCGAGCUUCCCCGUGUCGGCCGCAAAGGCACACUUGCCAUUUCCACUCUGCUCACGGGCGUGUUCCUCUUCGCGUCGACGACCGCGCGCACGUCCAACGCGCUCCUCGGCUGGAACUGCGGAUACACGUUCACGAGCAACAUCAUGUACGGCGUCCUCUACGCCGUCUCGCCCGAGCUCUUCCUCACCAAGGACCGCGGCACGGCAACGCGAUCGUCGCAUCCGCAAAUCGCGCCCAUCAUCGCGCUGUAUGCGGACCUCUCGACGCCAGUUCCUAUCUACGUCUCGGGUGCACUGUUCGUCGUGUCGGGAUUCAUCGCGCUCCUCCUGCCGUUCGAACCCCGGGGAAAGGCGUCCAUCUAG